GCUGGAGAGAGGGAUCACGACAAUCAGUAAUGGUAGUGGAUUGAUUCCCUUAUCAGCUUUUCAUGUCUUCGAAAGCGUAAACAAGUGUUAUUUUAAUUUCUUCAAAUAAUUGACUCAAUUGUCCACUGAAGUGUAUUGAUUGAAUAAUCAAAUUAAAUUUACUUUAAGAACUUAUUUUCCACCAACCAAUUGGUCAUUCCACAUUGAAUUGUAUCCAAAACAAGUUAGAAAAGUUAGGAAAUGUCUAAAGAAGAAUUUGUUGCAACAGAACAUCAGCACAGGCGCUUGAAUCCAUUAACUGGACAAUGGGUGCUUGUUUGUCCACAUCGCAUGAAGCGUCCGUGGUCAGGUCAACAAGAAUCCCCUCAGAAAAAUGAGCUCCCCGAAUUUGAUCCCACAAAUCCUCUCUGUCCGGGAGUAGCACGUCCCAAUGGUGUCAAAAACCCAGUCUAUGAGUCGACGUUUGUAUUUACAAACGAUUUUCCAGCUCUUCUGGAAGGUGUUCCGGACCCUCCGGUCAGCAGUGAUCCAUUGUUUCAGGUAGCCCCGGCUCGGGGCACAUGUAGGGUAAUGUGUUUCCAUCCAAAGUCAAAUACCACUUUGCCUUUGAUGAGCUCAACAGAAAUAUCUGCAGUUAUCAAAGAAUGGAUUAACCAAUACAAUGAUCUGCAAAAGAAAUACACUUGGGUUCAGAUCUUUGAGAACAAAGGUUCGGCGAUGGGUUGUUCGAAUCCCCAUCCUCAUUGCCAGAUCUGGGCUUGUUCGUUCUUCCCAUCGGAACCAAAGCUUAAAGAUACAAAUCUAAGAGCCUAUUACCAGCAGCACAAACGUGCCUUACUCGAUGAUUAUGUUCAACGAGAGUUAACCAAAGAAGAGCGAAUUGUUGUUAAGAAUCCAGAUUGGCUUGUAGUUGUCCCUUAUUGGGCAUCUUGGCCAUUCGAAACAAUGUUGAUUUCUCGCAAUAAGAAUAAGCGAAUUAAUGAUUUGACAAAGAGUCAAAUUGAUAAUUUAGCAUUGACCAUCAAAGAAUUGACUACAAAGUAUGAUAAUUUGUUUGGAUGUUCAUUCCCUUAUUCCAUGGGUUGGCAUGGUGCUCCGACUGGCGAUGAAAUUGGAAAAGAUGACGCUCAUUGGACACUGCAUGCAAUCUAUUAUCCACCGUUGUUACGUUCUGCAACUAUUCGCAAGUUUAUGGUUGGAUUUGAACUUUUGUGCCAGGCACAGAGGGAUUUAACACCUGAACAAGCUGCUCAGAGAUUACGUGAUGUUGAUGGCAAGAAACAUUAUUUACAUUAGAAAGUAGAUAAGAGUAAUUUUGUAUAAUCCGAUGUAUACCAAAUAUUAUGAGAGAAAUAAAGUUUUCAAUUUUAAUAA